AAUGGAUACAUGUGAAAGUCUCAGAGCACCUUCAAGAUCUCUGAGGAAAACUAGGAAUUCUAUGGGCACCCUGAGAAGUUUACAGAGGGUUAAGUUCAAGAAAAAUGAUGAUAUCUUGAAGGACUCAAAUAGUUACUGAAAGUAUAAAGAACCUUCUAAAAGCAUUUUGAAGAAAUCUGGGAGGCCAAAAUCAAAAUUUCGACUAAAUCAACAUGGAUCGAAGGCUAGGAUAUACAGCUUACCAAAACAGCAAAAGAAGGAGGAGAGUAGUUCAGAGGAAUCAGAACAACAAGAAGAAGCUUUAUCUCCUGAAAAAGAAAGGAGAUUAGGCAAUAUUCGAUCGCAAAGAUCAACAGCCAAUCUGAUCCCAAGCGGCAAUAUGUCUCCUCAGACCAGAAAUAUAAUAGCUAAACUAUUUCAGAAAGAUUUCUCCAAAUGUAGUAAAUUCGAAGAGCGUAAAGGAAGUUGCAAAUCAGAUCUCUUUAAUAAGUGAGAAGGCAGGUUAUCGAAAGUUAGGAAGAUUAAGGACUGAUUUUCUGGGUACCAGAACUCGAGGAAUCUGAUGAGACCGCGGAAAUCAGUACCUGUGCAGGAUUUACCUCUAAGGACAAGUUUAAAGAGGGAUAAGUUUGAUCCUCAGAAAAUAAUAGCAGGAUAUAAAAAGAAGAUAAAGAAGAUACCGAUCAAAUUAGAGAAGUCAAGUAGUCUCAAUCAGCUACUUCAAAACAAAGGAACAGUGAAGAAAAGAUCAAGGAGAAUAUGUGCUCCCCAGAAUAUCAACAAGCUUGUUCAAAGACAACAGCAAGCUCGAGGCAACACCACCAGAUAUCUAUUUCAAUAA